AUGUCGCGCACCCUGGUCGCUGGAAAUAAUGGACUGGACAUGUACCGCGAAGCAGCCAAAAAGACGCAGGAUGAGCGGAUCCAGUUAGAAUAUGCAAAGUUCCUGAUUCAGUCGAUUGAGAACCUGGAGGACCCAUUGGUGCGCGAAGAGGCCAAUAUCGACCCUGAGAACCGCGAAAAACUGAUCGCCGAAGCCGUGUACUGGAUCAAGCACCUGCAGCGCAAGGGCAACACUGAAGCGUCCUACAUUGCCGGCACGUGGUUCGAAACCGGCACCUACGGUAUUGAAGAGGACAAGGCCAAGGCCAUCCAGCUGUUUACUUACGCGGCCAAGAACCACCACGCUUCGGCAGCUUACAGGGUUGCCGUGUACCAGGAAGAGCGCAAGAGUGGUAGCCGCGCCUUCUCGUACUAUCAGAUGGCAGCGGCGCUGGGCGAUGUGUCGGCGAACUUCCGCAUGGCUAAGGUGUUCCUUGAUGGCGACUUCCACAAGAAGGCCAAUGUUAAGCAGGCGUUGGUGUACCUGCGGCGCUCGGCAGAGCUGGCAACUGCUGAAUGCCCGGAUGGCACGCUGAUGCUCGGUCAGAUGUACCUGGGAAUUUACCCAGACCAGUCCAUAUACGAUGUGCUUUUUUACGAUGCUGAGGAGGCACAGAAGCUUUUAGACAAGGCUGCGCGCCUGGGCUCAAUGGAGGCGCAGUACCAGCUUGGUCUGCUGUUUGAAUUUGGCGACCACAGCUUCCCCGUCGACCCACUGUCGUCAACCCACUACUACCAGCUGGCGGCCGAGCAGGACAAUGCAAAGGCACAAAUGGCGCUGUCGGGCUGGUACCUGUCUGGAGGCGAGGGCAUUCCGAUCGACGACCGGCUGGCCUUUGACUGGGGUCACCGUGCGGCGCAGCAGGGCUUAACCCGCGCCAUGUACGCCAUGGGCUACUACUACGAGAUGGGCAUUGGCUGCGACAUGGACAUCAACCGCGCCAACGAGUGGUACGAGCGCGCCGCGGCAGCUGGCAGCGAGGAGGCUAAAGAGCGUCUUAACAAGGGUGUAGUCGGUGUCACCACCGAGUCCACCGCCGCAUUGCGUCGCCACGUCACGCAAAAGCGCCAAAAGGGCGUUUCUGGCAAGGGAAAGAAGCGCAUGGGCCUUCUGAACAAGGAUAAGAGCAAGGAGGACGGCGAUGGAACCAGCUGCAUCGUCAUGUAA